UCUCUCUCCGUUCCUGUUUCUCAGUGAACGGUGAAACUCCUUUGAGUAAACUAGCCUGCAGCCUGCAGCCACACAACCGCGGGUUCAUUCCAACUUAUCCGCCAGUUGUGAGCGUGUGUGUGUGUGUGUGUGAGCGUGAGCGACUACUGCUUUGUUAGGACACCCAAUUAGUCGACAGUGAGUCACACGGCGGCGGUCGGAACUUGAAAUAUGACGAUAGGCAAAAUGGGAGGAAAGUCGUCGCUAGCCUGCUGAAGUUGGAGGCUCUCCUUGUGGAAGAGGAAGAGGUGGCGGCGGACACCACGAGUUCACUCUCACAAUAAAAAAGGAGUGAGCCCCAACCUUCCAACAUACCUCCUCCCCUCCAUCGGGCUAAGAUGAGUAUUACCAGUGACGAAGUGAACUUCUUGGUCUACAGAUACCUCCAGGAAUCAGGUUUCUCCCACUCAGCGUUCACCUUUGGCAUCGAGAGCCACAUCAGCCAGUCAAACAUAAAUGGAACACUAGUGCCCCCUGCAGCCCUCAUCUCCAUCCUGCAGAAAGGGCUCCAGUAUGUGGAGGCCGAAAUCAGCAUCAAUGAGGACGGCACAGUCUUCGACGGGCGGCCAAUCGAGUCGCUGUCGCUCAUUGACGCAGUGAUGCCGGAUGCGGUGCAGACGCGGCAGCAGGCCUUCCGUGACAAGUUAGCCCAUCAGCAAGCGGCCUGCGGCAUGGCAGCUUCGACCUCUGGAAACCAGUCGAACGCACCAAAGAAUGGAGAAGCCACCGUCAACGGGGAGGAGAAUGGCACUCACAACAUGAAUAACCACAGUGAGCCCAUGGAGAUGGAUGUAGAUGUGGAGAUACCAGCCAGUAAAGCCACAGUGCUCCGUGGCCAUGAAUCUGAAGUGUUCAUCUGUGCCUGGAACCCCGUCAGCGAUCUGCUGGCCUCAGGCUCGGGGGACUCCACCGCCAGGAUAUGGAACCUGAACGAGAAUAACAACUCCAACACCACCCAGCUGGUGCUGCGCCACUGCAUCCGAGAAGGCGGCCAGGACGUCCCCAGCAACAAAGACGUCACCUCACUAGACUGGAACAGUGACGGGACUCUGCUGGCGACGGGCUCGUACGAUGGAUUCGCCAGGAUAUGGACAAAGGAUGGGAAUCUGGCAAGCACCCUGGGACAGCACAAAGGGCCCAUAUUUGCACUCAAGUGGAACAAGAAGGGGAACUCUAUUCUCAGUGCUGGUGUAGAUAAGACGACAAUCAUUUGGGACGCGCACACGGGAGAAGCCAAGCAGCAGUUCCCCUUCCACUCAGCCCCGGCGCUGGAUGUCGACUGGCAGAACAACACCACCUUUGCCUCCUGCAGCACAGACAUGUGCAUCCACGUAUGUCGCCUCGGCAGCGACCGGCCCCUCAAGACCUUCCAGGGCCACACGAAUGAAGUUAACGCCAUUAAGUGGGAUCCGUCAGGUAUGCUGCUGGCCUCCUGCUCCGAUGACAUGACCUUAAAGAUUUGGAGUAUGAAGCAGGAGUCCUGUGUCCACGACCUCCAGGCUCACAGUAAAGAGAUCUACACUAUCAAGUGGAGCCCCACAGGCCCCGGCACGAGCAACCCCAACUCCAACAUCAUGCUCGCCAGCGCCUCUUUCGACUCGACGGUUCGUCUGUGGGACGUCGAGCGAGGGGUUUGUAUUCACACGCUGACUAAGCACCAGGAGCCCGUCUACAGCGUGGCCUUCAGCCCCGACGGCAUGCACCUGGCUAGCGGCUCCUUUGAUAAGUGCGUCCACAUCUGGAACACCAUGACCGGAGCCCUGGUGCACAGCUUCAGGGGCACUGGUGGUAUUUUCGAGGUGUGCUGGAACAGCACCGGGGACAAAGUUGGUGCCAGCGCGUCGGACGGCUCGGUAUGUGUUCUUGACCUCCGAAAAUAGCCGACUUGAGACUUUGAUGAGUCCUGGAAUGUGCAGCAAAUUGCCUUUUUUCUGACAUCAGCGAACACGCUCUCAUUGCUCAAGAAGAGCUGUACGGUGGAGCGAAAAACAAAACCCCUCACAGGAGUACAACCAGAUGACUGCAGCAGCCUCUGAGAACUUCCGUGCACCUGACAGUUUGUUGACGAGUGUUUUACGAUACGCCUAUUGGAAACAUAAUGGAAGCCGGUUAAGAGAUCCCUGACAAUGGACUGAAUCCAACUCCCUGGGUGCAUCCGUGUUUUAAAGGUUUCUAAUGAGAAAGUGCUGCGAUCCCUCCGGGCCACUGGUCCAUCUGUUAUCG